AUGCGAAGACCCCCCCCCCCCCCCAGGAAAGCCGCCAAACUGGCUAAGAAGCAGUGUGCCAAGGACAUCAAGCGUCUGAAGAACUUUGGGCGGGUAGCUUCGAGGUUCGCUCCAGAAGACCCGCCGUCAGAGGAAAGGGACAGCGGUGGCUUGCUCGCCAACUUCAUUGACGAUUCCGAGUCGAGCGCAGACGCCGCCGCCACCCCAAACCGUUCCGCUGCUGCGGCCGCUGCCACCAAAAGCCGCACCCACUCCACUCCUGCUACCGCCGCCGCCCCAAGCCCCACUCCCUCCGCUCCAGCGGCUGCCGUCGCAGCGCCAAGGUCGCCCGUGGACUCACGCAAGACCGAGCGCCGCCCAGGCGCGGAGGCCCAGAAACCGGCCGGCAAGGGCAAGGACAUUGACCGUCGCGGCGCCACCGACAUCCAGGCUGUGGUGUCCAAGCGCCAGUCCAUGCGCAAGGCCGACGAGUCGGAGGCAAUCGAGGUGUUUGUCUGCGACAGCAAUCGCAAGACACACCGCUACGGCAUGAAGAGGGCGACCAAGUUCAAAAAUUUGAAGACCAUGCACGCGGAGGACCUCAAGGCCACCAAGGGCAGUGUCAGGCUGUUCUGGAGGGGCAAGGAGGUCAUGGACAAUGACACGGUGGCGUCGCUGAACGUGGGUUCGGGAGAGCGCCUGUAUUCCGCUGUGAUUAGCAGGUAA